AUGAUUCGGCAUAGGCAACCUGCGUCAACAUCCGGUAGAGGCCGCCCCCCACGCGUGCAUAAGCGCACCAUCAUCGAACUACACUUACAAGUGCUCAACGAAUGUGAAGUGACCGAAUGGGACAACGUCAAAGACGACUAUUUGCACAUUGUCGUGGAGGAGUUUGCGCAGGAGUUUGCGGGUGACUUCGAACAGGACGAGGACACGAAUAACAACAGCUUGGGUGUUCCUAACUCGCACGCCGCUUUAGCAACCCACGAUUCAACAACCCGCGCUCCACCCACUGACUUCGAAGGCAUAGAUCCAUGUCCACCACAUGACCCCGAUCCAUGGCGUUGUAUGGAAACUAUACAGUUAGACCAGGACCCUUCCCCACCUCACGAAGAUAACCCCGAUCCAUGGAGUUGUAUGGAAUCCAUACAGUUAGAUGCAGCACAGAAUGCUCAUUCCAACCACAGGGAGGCGAACUCGGCCCACGACUGGCAUACCGAUUGGAUCCCUUGGAUGGAAAGUAACAAAAGUAUACUACGGCAAUGUAAGGAUCAAGCGUGGUUUCACACCCUCAAAGCGGAAUGGAAACAAUACCUGCGUGCGCACAUGGCGACAAACGAAGACAACGGGCACCGUGAAUUAGGUGAGCACGCUAACAUCCCAUCCACAGAGAAGCACAAACUGUGGUUAUGGAAACACUGGGUCGCGCAACAACAUCGGCAAAUGCGUAUGUAUAAGGAGGAGUGGUUUCAGCAUUGGUUGACUAAUGUACAGGAGGCGGCAGUAUCGCACAAAGGCGAAGUACCUGCAGUGGAAACACACGUAGAAGUGGAAACUGUAAUGGGAACAGAAGACACACUAAGAGUGAGAGAUUUACCAGAGUCCCAACCACUGCAUCCGCAACUGUACAUGAAAAAAUCAUUAGGCGCUAAAAUAUGGAUACUGAUCCUGGCAUUAGUCAUAGAACAGUGCGAGCUGGAGCGUACUAUGCACGACAGGGAGUUAUAUGUGGAUGCUUUAUUACACAAUAUGUGA